UAACAAGAAUUAUUCUCGCACUUCCGCCUUGAUUGACGUCUCAUCGCUUAAUGAGAAAUAUUUUGCGUACAGGUUAUGUAUGUCAAUAGUCAGAGACAAUGUUUCGAGACAUUUUAUCUCAUUGUGACAGCCCGUUGAGCGUCGCAUAAAUUUCCGCCCGCAGUGAAGAAAGUCUGAGUCGAUAUUCCACACGAUUUCAGUUCGGAUCCGCCUCUGGCGAUGUUAAGAAGCGCAUCCUGGAUAAACGCGUAUCGUGAAGAUUUUUAAUUGAAAUAAAUAAGAAUGGCUGACGAGGUGGUGGAGACGCUACGAGGCGUCAAUAACGAGGACGCCGAGUGCAUUAUAGACGCCGAGAUCGACGGUGAUGACGAGGACUCCGACGGGGUUAUAGUUCCAGAACUUCAGGGUACAUUAUCCAAAUGGACAAAUUACAUACAUGGCUGGCAAACUAGAUUUAUUGUACUCAAAGAUGGUACUUUGUCUUAUUACAAAUCUGAGCAGGACAGCGGAUUCGGAUGUCGUGGUUCGAUUAGUCUGUAUAAAGCUAAUAUCAAGGCACAUCAAUUUGAUGAAUGCAGAUUUGAUGUAUCUGUAAAUGACUGUUUAGUUUGGUAUUUAAGAGCAAACAGUCCAGAGGAGAAGCAACGAUGGGUAGAUGUGUUGAAAUCUUACAAGUCAGAAUCUGGUUAUGGGAGUGAGAACAGUCUCAAACGACAUGGUAGUGCCAUUUCGCUUGUGUCGAAUACACAAUCAACAACGAGUGCUGGUAGUUUUACUAAACGUGGCAUUAGAGGACUGAAAGAGAAGUUAGCCGAAAUUGAAACAUUCAGAGAUAUUUUGAUCAAGCAGAUCGAUACCCUGCAGAAAUAUUUUGAUAACUGUGCGGAAAAUGCUAAGAAUACUUCCAAAAAAGAAAAGAAAAUUGAGACAAUGUUCAAUCCAGCCGAACAAUCAGUGGAUUUUAAAGGAGAAGCGAUAACAUUUAAAGCCACUAGCGAAGGGGUGUUAGCAACCUUACAACAUUGCGUGGAAUUAAUGAUACAGAGAGAAGAUGCAUGGCGUCGUAGAUGGGAGAAGGAAGUCGAAAAGAGACGAAAAUUGCAAGAACUUUAUAAAGUUCUGAAAGACCAAGUUGCCAUGCAUCAUAACGGUUCUCCAAGAGCCAGGGUCCUCAUUCAUGGAGGUCCAGAUUAUGAGGAAGGUCCGCAUAGCGCUCUUUGUGAUGAGGAAUUUUACGACGCCGUCGAAACAGGUCUGGACAAAAUCGAUGAAGAGAAUCAAUUGAGGGACCGUUUGAAACAAAAAUCAGUUUCAAUUUUAACAUCUCCCACCACAACAGCAUCUACGCAUAGAUUAUGGCCUGAAAUAGAGAAGAUUACGAUGGAGCAAUUACAUUAUGCUCGACUCGGUGUAGGCGGAGCAGGCGGUUGGCAAUUAUUCGCCGAGGAUGGUGAUAUGCGAAUGUAUCGACGAGAGGAGGAGGCCGAUGGACUGGUUGUGGAUCCUCUCAAAGCAUGUCACGUCGUCAAAGGAGUAACUGGUCAUGAGGUGUGCGAGAUAUUCUUCAGUCCCGAAUACAGAAGCGGCUGGGAAGCCACUCUAGAGGACAUGACAAUCGUCGAGAACAUUUCCAAAGAUACGCUGUUAUUUCUGCAAACGCACAAACGCAUCUGGCCGGCAAGCCAGCGAGACGCAUUAUUCUGGUCGCACAUGCGUCGAGUGUCGGACGAUCAAGAUCGUGACGCACAUGAUCUGUGGAUAGUUUGUAACCACAGUACUGAACAUCCCGAUUAUCCGCCAAACGCGGGUAAAUGCGUGAGAGUUUAUCUGACGGUUUGUCUUGUAUGCCAAACAUUCAUUGAUCCCCCGAAGGACGAGGAGGAAAUAAAGAGAGAGAAUAUUACCUGUAAAAUAACAUAUUGUUCAGUUGUAAAUCCGGGUGGUUGGGCUCCAGCAUCUGUCUUACGGGCCGUUUACAAAAGGGAGUAUCCAAAGUUCCUUAAGCGUUUCACUAAUUUUUGUAUUGAUCAAUGCAAAAACAAGCCGAUCACAUUUUGAAUGUGAUUGGUAAAAUAAGAAAAAUUUUAAUGUUUUCCAUCCAACUCCUUAUUCUAUCUCAAAGUGUCUUCACGUAAUUACUGUAAAAAAAAAACAAAAAACAAAAAAAACAAUUUAGUAUUGUUACAUACUGUAGGAGUUAUAGAAAAGCUAUUACGUAAGUGAAACUGUUUUGUAUAUUAUCUUUUUCUUUUUUUAUUUGCUUAAGAUAAUCGACUUAUAUAGCUUGCGAAUGGGAGAGACCGUUAUAUUAAAGGCCAUUUAUGAUAUAAGUGAGUGUAUAACAAUUGUAUACACUUGAAAAGAUAAAAAAAACUUCACAUUACAAUGAGGCACGCGUGGCUACAGCACCGUUUACAAAUUAUCCUUUCUUCUUCGAACAACAGCCUGUUAUAUUUGUUAUACAAAAACGCUAUCGCCCAGUUGUACAAAUCUUUAACAAAAAUUGGAUACAUAUACAUUUAUCUCUUGUUACACAUUACAUCCAAUUAAAUGCUGAAUUGUAUGAUACAGAUUAUACUGUUAUUUUUAUUUAUACAUAAAAAUGUGUACAUGCUAUGCGAUAUAAAGAUCACAUGGAAAAACGUAAUAAAGACUGUUGUAGA